AUGUAUAUGAGAAAGUAUUUGUAUGAAGAUAUUGAAUGGGAUGGAGGUGAUGAUGAACAGUUACCUUAUCAUAACACAAAUGGGCAUAAGGAGGAGGAGGUGAAAACAAAAAAAAAAAAAAAAAAAAAUUUGCGACAUGAUGAAAGUAAUGAACUAAUAGCUGAUGAAACAAAUGAAACAGAUUUUUUUUCUUCCAAUUUUGAAAGUAUUAAUCGAAAAGUUCCACAGUUUUCCCCUGAUCAUGAUAAUGUAGUACUCCCUGAGGGAAAAACCAAGUUCUUAAGCACCACUAAGCAGAGGCAUGCAAUGGAAAGUAGAAGUGCCUCUUGCAAAGAGCAUGGGCGAAAGGAUCGUACGGAUUAUUGUGAAGGUCAAUCAGGUGAGGGUUCUAACCCGUGUGCAUCAAAUGAUUCGUUAUGGAAAAACCAGAGUCGGAGAGAUGUCCAUGGCAGCACCCGUAGCAGCAACCGAAGCGACAUUCACAAGGACAUUCACAAGGACAUUCACAAGGACAUUCACAAGGACAUUCAUAAUGACAUUCAGAGCGACAUCCAUAGAGGCAAGCGAAGCAGCAAGUCCUCCCUGGGCCUGAGCAAUAGUGAAUAUGUGCACAAAGCAACUGGUGACAUAGUGGAUGUGCCAGAUAAAGACUUUGAGGCCGAACUGAGUCAGAUGAAAACGAAAAUUAACUCUACGUUUGAUUUAUGGGAGAAGAACAAUAACAAGUUGGAUCAUUCAGAACGAGAUUUGCAGCAACAUAGAAAUAGUUCUGUUCACAGAAGAAAAACAAAUCUUUACAAUUACAAAUUUGAUUCUUAUGAAAAUGCCUUGAAUGGUGGCACAUCAAGUGAUAGCUAUCACAAAGUGAAUGUUCUGAACGAUGCAGCAAUAUGGGGUCCCAACAUGUGUGAUCAAAGUAUAGAUAAUGAAAACAGAUCAGUGUCGAAAGGUGUUUCAAGAUGUAAAAAUGGAUUGGUAGCAAAAACUGAAUUACGUGACAUGACCAACGGAAACAGAAAUGAAGGAUGCAAUAAGCUGAUAAAAAUGAAUAGAGAACUUUCGCAGCCCUGCAUGAAACAACAUAAAGAGAAAGAGAUUAAAAAGAAAGGAGUAGAUGAGAGAAGUAAUACUCCAAUUAUAAACAAGAACACGUUGAAGAAAUCCUCAUCGAAUAUUUGUCUUCCUAAUAAGGCAUCACAAAGUUGUCCAAAUAGCAACCAAAACAGCAGUGUGCGAGGAUCAGUAAGUACUAUAAAAAGCCACGAAACUGAAGAAAACAAGGUAGAAGAGUUAAAAAAAAGAGAGUUAAAAAAGAAGAACAUGAAUAUGAAUGGUAGUGUCAAUCGUUUAACAAGAUCAUUGACUACUUUAUCUGAGUGUUCAGAUAAAUUAAAUAAGCAAAAUAAUAAUAUUCCCCAUGAAAUAGAGGCUAGCCAUAAUAGUGCAAAAAAACAGACACAAAGGGAUAAAAGAUGUGAUGAACCCACUGGGACCCAUGAUUCUUUUGCGAGCGUUGAUUUUAACCUGGUUAGAAAAAUCAAAAAAAAUAAAAAUGUGAAACAGAGGCAUAUGAUGUCAUCAUCGGAUGAUGAUGAUGUGCCCAUUCUAGACUCCACAGCUCUCAGCGAUGAAAACAAAUUCUUCAACGAAAUUAAGGAAUACCUGAAUUAUAAAAAUGUCAGAGGUGGGGAAGAGGCGGCAGAGGAGGAAGAAGUUGGAGAAAUGGCUGAAGUGGAAGAAGUUGGAGAAGUGGCUGAAGUGGAAAAAGUUGGAGAAGUGGCUGAAGUGGAAGAAGUUGGAGAAGUGGCUGAAGUGGAAGAAGUUGGAGAAGUGGCUGAAGUGGAAGAAGUUGGAGAGGAGGCUGAAACGCUGGAGGUGAUUCCCGAAGGUUUGAUGAAAGCUGUUCCCAGGAAUGACAACCAACAGAAGUGGGACAUCCCUGAGUUGAAGCAGAAUGAAAACAUAGAUGAUAGAUGGAGAAGUGCAUCUAAAAGAAAGAAAUUCAAGCAGGUUCCACCAUUGGAGGAGGGAGGGGAACCAUCUUUCAAAGGAAAAAAAUUACCCUUAAGGGGUCAAAGAGCUGAUAUCGGUAUUGGCACUAUUGUCAGUAUUGGAAGUAACGAAAGUAGUGAGAGCGUGCCAAAAUCGAAUGCUCAAGAUGGAGAGGCGAUCCACCUCAGUCACCAACGUACAAGCAGAAGGAGGCAUGUAUCUACAAUGGCAUCGAAGGAGAGUCUAAGAGGAAAGGAAGUAGAGGGAGCGAACGAGCUAGAAGAAGCGAAAGAAGUGGAGGAAGCGAAAGAAGUAGAGGAAGCGAAAGAAGUAGAGGAAGCGAAAGAAGUAGAGGAAGCGAACGAAGCAGAUGAGGAAGAAGGAAAAGGCGUAAACAUCCUAGGACCUCGUCCCCUUCGGGUGCACCAGCCGCUUCUUAACCCAAAGGGAGACAAAAAAAAAUUAGUUUCAAAAAAGAAAAAUAACGAACAUGUGGUGGGCAAUCUGGGAAGGGGUAAUGGAAGCUUUCAAGACUCAGAUGAAGCAAAAAUGUUACCGUCAAAUAUUUUUGAGGAAAUCAGAGAAGGAAAAAAAGAGACACAUUUCUUUCGUAGAGGCAGUAAGAGUAAUUCCAUUUUGAUUGACCUCACCACGUGUGGUGAUGAAGUAAAUCCAAGUGAAUUACCAGAUGUAGUUUUGCGAAAAGAUAAGAUGUUUUUAAUGACACAGUCCCUUGAGGAAGAGAGUAAAGAGAGGAAUAUUAUUAACACAACCAAUAAACGGUAUAUAGAAGAAUCUGUUCUUAAGGUGGGGUCAUCCAAAUGUGAAACGUCCAAGUGUGAAACGUCCAAGUAUGAAACAUCCAAGUAUGAAACGUCCAAGUAUGAAACAUCGAAACUGCAUGAACGAGGUGAAGAAUCACAUGCACAGAAAGAAAAUUUGACAAAGUGGGAAGAACGAGAAAAUAUGGCUGUAAGGAAAAAGACUGUGGAAGAACACAGAAAGAGGAGCGGUACCACAGGGAUCCUCGAUGUACAACAAAUGUGGAGACGGUAUGGAAAUAGCACCGGAUUUUUCAACUCAAAUCAUGUGAAUAGACGGAUAGAAGAGAAAACAAAGGGAUCUAACGAUUCUAAUGAGGAAAGGUCGAACAGCCAAGAAAAUGAAGAAAGCGCUCCGAGGGGUCGAUUCCUCUUGCAGCAGAGAGGAAAGAAAAUCAAGGAUAUUUUUAUUUCGUUCAUCAAGGGGGGAGAAGCCAUAGGAAAAGCGGUAGAAGCAGAAGAAGCAGAAGAAGUGGUAGAAGCAGAAGAAGUGGUAGAAGCAGAAGAAGCGGUAGAAGCAGAAGAAACGGUAGAAGCAGAAGAAGCGGUAGAAGCAGAAGAAACGGUAGAAGCAGAAGAAACGGUAGAAGCAGAAGAAACGGUAGAAGCAGAUGUAGCUGAAGAGGUAGGCGUGGAAGAAGGAAACGUAGGCAGGGCAAGGGAAACCCGUAAGCAGACCCUCGGAGCAGGAGAAAAAGAGAAAAAAAAAAAAAAAAAAAACGAAAAUGCCGACAUUUCAUCUGAAACCAAUUCUGGUAAAAAGAAACCAAACACAGUGUACAAUAAUUUUCUGGAAAGCCUGAAACAUCCGUCGUGUAAACAUGUAAUAGAAAAGGUAAAAACAUUCGUUUUGAGAUUCCCGAAAAAUAUGAACAGAGAAAUGGCAGCAAAUAAAAUUCAUAUGUUCAUAAAUGAAACACAACCAAUUUUAUUAAAUUCUGAAAUUUAUAAGAAUAUUAAUAGUUAUCAAGCAAAUGUUAUAAUUGAAGGAUAUGAGAAGUUUCUUUUGCAGAAAUUGUAUCCCUUUUUAUAUAGAAUGGAUUCGAAAGAUAAAGAUGAAGACGAAAAGAUUUACACAAAAAUUAAUUGUUUACAAUGGGUUGAAUUGAAGCAUUUGGAAAUUUCAGAAGAAAUUCAUCUAGAUCGUUUGAAACCUGCUCAAGUUGAACUUUUGAGAAUCCAAAGAAUGCGUGCACCAAAUGAUAAGCUAAUUAUGAUUCUCAAUUGUUGUCGUAUAGUCACAUCUGUUCUUUACAGAGUUAAGAAACUUUUAAAACAUCAAAAGGAGAAAAGAUUGAGAAAGUUGAAGACAUUGGAAGCAUCCAUAAAUAACCAUCCACGCAUUAGUUCACAAAGCAGACGAAAACAAUUAGAGGAUGUUAAAGAUAAAUACAUCACUGAAUUGGAUGAACCCACAUAUAUGGGAUCAAAUAAAUCUAGCCAAACAAGAGGUAGUUACCACAGCCUUCAGGCCAAAGUUCCAGAACAAAACAUGUUUCCAAGAAAAGAGGGAAAGAAGCAAAGAUAUUCUGCUGACAAUUGUGAAAUUGUGGACUCAACUGUUGAGAGUGAUUGUGGAGGUAGGCAUGGAGUGGACGAAGCGGACGAAGCGGAUGGAUCAGACGAAGGAGAUGUCCAAAAUGAUGAUGAAUUACUACCCUGUGCUGAUGAAGUUCUUCCACUACUUAUAUAUGUUAUUAUCAAGACAAAUCCACCAGAACUCAUUUCAAACAUCUCAUUUAUUCAAAGCUUUCGACACCCAAAUCAUCUGGUUUCAGAAGAAGCUUAUUCCUUUACGCAGUUUUGUAGUGGUGUAGAAUUCAUUAAAGAACUAGGAAAGACAACUUUCUUGAAUAUGCCUGAACAGGAAUAUAGAGAAAAAGUAUCUAAAGCAGAAAAAUUUUAUUUAAAUGAAGUGAAAGAAAGUAAUAAAAAAUUACAAGAAGCUGCAGGGAAAUUAAAUGAUUUUAUUAAAUUAUCCAAUGAAAAAAAAUUGUGCACAAAUAUUAUUAGCAAAAUCGAAUCUUUAAAAUUAAAUUUUGAAAAUAUAGAAAAUUUUAACUCUCUUACCAUUUCGAAUCUAUCCCAUAUUUUUGAAGAAUACAAGUUACUUGUAAAUCUGAAAAAUGACAUUUUGAAGGAUAUUCAAGAACAUGCCGGAGAAAAUUUCACGACUCAGAGGUAA